AUGACGACGACGACGACGACGAGCUCUAUUGCCUACGCCCUUCCUCUCUCCUUGGCCAUUCUCUCUAUUGCACUGUACGUUCAUCGUCGCUACGUUCGCUAUGCUUCACUCGCCAAAGCACCGAUUGCACCAGCGCAUAGUUUCUUUCUCAAAUAUUUUGGCAUUGUGCCUCCUCCAAGUGAAAAAGAGACACACGAUGCACUCUCUCACUUUUUGAUUCGUGUGGGCCGUCAAGACACCCGUGUCUCUCCUGUCAGUGUGUGUUGGUCUAUUUUUGGCACACCUCUGGUCAUUGUCAAUACGCUCAAGGGCAUCAAGGACGUGUUGAUCGAAGGUCAAUCUCGGACGAGCCGUAGUAAAGGAAAAGCGGCGAGUGUCGAAAAGGGUCCUCAGGUACAAAGAGGGAUGAUGAUUCGAUUGGUGCACCACCUCGUCUUUGGUGGUAUGAAUUUGAAUAAUACGGUGGGAGAGGAUUGGCGCUGGCGUCGACAUGUUUUAUUGCCUUCGUUUCAACCCAAACAAUUGGUACCCCAUUUAUUGCCCUAUGUGGCUUCUCGUGCUCGCGAAUUACUCGACACAUUUACGAGGGCCGCUGCCUCUGGCCAAGCGAUUGAAUUAGACGACUUGUUUACCGAUUUAACCAUGGACGUCAUCAACUUUUAUCUGUAUGGAAGAAAGGACUUGAAUUAUGCCAUCGUCGGUGGUAAAAGAAACAUGAAGUCAUUGGAAGUGUGGCUUCCAUUCGGUCUCAAUCGCACAAAGUGGGCUCAGAAAUCCUUCAAACCCUCGCGUGAUCGACUCAAGCAUUUCAUCCACGAUUCAUUGGACAGGGCUUUGCAAGAUUAUCACACCGCUUUGGCUGACUAUGAAGCGUCAGGCACACCUCCCUCGCGACGCGUGUAUCGUUCGGUGGCCGCCUGUGCCUUUGCUAGUGGACGCUAUGGUGAGGACCGUGUCGAUCUCGUCAACGAUCUCUUGGCGCUGACGUUUGCAGGUUACGAUACCACGGCGCAUACCUUGUCUUUCUGUUUUGCUGAAUUGGCACGCCAUCCCGACCUCCAAGAACAGCUUUUCCAAGAAGUGCGCGCGGUGCUGGGCCCGGCUCCUCUUGACCCUGCCACGAUCACGGCGGAAAAACUGGCCAAGAUGCCUUUGGUCACGGCUGUCUACAAGGAAGCGCUGCGUAUGUACCCUGCUGUUGUCUUUAUUCCCAUGCAUGUGAAUCGUGCUAUCCAAGUGGAUGGCACCGUCGUCCCAGAAGGGGCUGCCGUCUGGUGCAAUGUACGAGGUAUCCAAAUGAAUCCUGCCCUCUUUCCGGAACCUGAAAAGUUUGAUCCCUCGCGCUGGCUGAGACCUGUCGUCGUCGAGACAACAGAAGACGCUGCUUUUGAUCACUUUGGUACAGACACGACAGACCAUGUCAUUACCCCAGACACGCAAUACACAUUCCCUGAUCUGCCAUUUACACUCGGUCAACAUGCAUGUAUAGGCAAGAAUCUAGCCACUUUGGAAUUAAGAACCACCAUUGCUUGUACUGUCAAUGAGUUCAAAUUCAACUUGGCUCAAGACUGCAUCAUUGAUACCAAGGUCGUCCUUACCACCAAACCUCGUCAUGGUGUUUGGGUUCAUUUUGAAAAACGCACAUGA